GGUACCGCGCCGGCGGCGGUUCCUUAGUAACUUACCACCGUCAUGGCUGGCCCCGCUGCCGACGUUGACGUUUACCUCAAGCAGAUUCUUCAGCGUAUGAUAGAGACAGGAGAGUGGCAAAGGCUCAAGGCCAUGUUCACAGCACAACUGGACGAAAGCGGCUGGACAGACCAACUCAGAAGCUCGGGCAGGAAGCUUGCAAACGAGAUGAACCCACUGUCAAUUCACGAUAUGCUCACCGACCUCAACAUGAAUGCGCACAAGUCUUUGCCUGCCGAUGCCCGUCGAAGUAUUCAGGAUGCUGUACGAGCGUAUCUGAACCGACAGUUCGAAUGACUGCCCUGGAAGACUAUUCUCGAGUCUCGACGCCCUUGUCAAUCAGUCUUGAUCUCUGUUACACCAUCCCGGUCGUCUAUAUAUCAUCAGCCAUCAUCCCCGCGCUCUCCGCGAUAUUACUGUCAGCAGCAGACAAAGGACCGCCGGAAGCAUGUGGAAG